UACUUGCUUGCUCCACUCACCGUAGGGUUCCUCCCUUCCCAUAUAAAGCUGCCCUUCCGCGCCGCAACCCCGUUCUCUUCGCCACUCCUCGCCUCCGUAGCCGCCGCUUCCUCCUCGAGUUCGCUCGCCAGCUGCAGCCAUGGUGAAGUACUCGAGGGACCCAUCCAAUCCCACCAAGUCGGCUAAGGCCAUGGGUCGGGACUUGCGCGUGCAUUUUAAGAACACACGCGAGACAGCUUUUGCUCUCAGGAAGCUGCCGCUGACCAAGGCUAAAAGGUAUCUUGAGGAUGUGAUUGCCCACAAGCAAGCCAUUCCCUUCCGUAGGUACUGUGGUGGUGUUGGACGUACAGCACAAGCUAAGAAUCGCCACUCGAAUGGUCAGGGGCGUUGGCCUGUCAAGUCUGCUAGAUUCAUAUUGGAUCUUCUCAAGAAUGCGGAGAGUAAUGCUGAAGUUAAAGGUUUGGAUGUUGAUACACUCUAUGUAUCGCAUAUUCAGGUGAACCAAGCUCAGAAGCAGCGGCGCCGGACUUACCGUGCUCAUGGGCGCAUUAACCCUUACAUGUCCUCCCCGUGCCACAUCGAGCUGAUCCUGUCAGAGAAGGAAGAGCCAGUCAAGAAAGAGGCUGAGACACAAAUUGCACCCAGGAAGGCUUAGAGGACAGGAAGCUUUGCAUGGUUUCGCUAGUGUCAGUUAGAAAGUGAGCUGAUCGCUUGUAUCUCCUUUUUCUUGUGAUGUUGGAUCAUACUUCAUCAGACCCAUUUUGAAGUUCAUUGUCUCAAGUGGAUCGUACUGAGCAAAACUAUCUCCAAAUGUUUUUGCUUGUCCUGGUCGCAUGCCAGAUUUUCACCUGGAGAUUGUUUUUACUGUUAA